CUCCCUCUCGGAGGCUGCGUAGUGGAACGACUAAACAGAUCUGCCCUCUCUCUCUCUCGUCCGCGGCGAUACGAUCCGAGAUGGCGAUGAGGGCGUGGAGGAGGAGCGCGGCGGCGAGGGCCCCGGCGCACCUGUGCCUGUGGCUGGCGCUCGUCGCCGCCACCCUGGUGCUCGCCCAGGUGCUCAUCCACCUCGGUAAGAAGUCGAACCUGUCGGAGGUGACGCACAAGGUCUACUUCGACAUUGAGAUCGACGGCAAGCCCGCAGGUCGGGUUGUCAUGGGACUUUUCGGCAAGGCUGUUCCUAAAACCGCAGAGAACUUCAGAGCACUCUGCACAGGAGAGAAAGGCAUGGGCAACAGCGGCAAGCCUCUCCACUACAAGGGGAGUUCGUUCCACAGAAUUAUCCCCAGCUUCAUGAUCCAAGGAGGUGACUUCACUCUUGGCGAUGGAAGGGGCGGUGAAUCAAUCUACGGCACAAAGUUCGCCGAUGAGAACUUCAAGCUCAAGCACACUGGACCAGGCUACCUUUCCAUGGCCAAUGCUGGGAGAGAUACCAAUGGAUCCCAGUUCUUCAUCACCACUGUAACCACGAGCUGGUUGGAUGGCAAGCACGUCGUGUUCGGCAAGGUGUUGUCUGGAAUGGACGUGGUCUACAAGGUUGAGGCCGAGGGCAAGCAGAACGGGACGCCAAAGAGCAAGGUUGUCAUCGCCGACAGCGGAGAAGUGCCGCUGUGAUGAGACCUGAAAUGGCCUCUGGUGGAAAGCUACGGUGACUAGUUUUCAUUGUAGAACCGUUAUUGUCGGGACUGUUUUCGUGUACUUCCGUGUGAAUUUAGACGGCAAAGUUUUUUCUCUUACUAUAAAAAAGUAUAAUAACUUGCUUACUCAUGAUAUGGUUGGCAACUUUGAAGUGCUCUUAUUAUUUUUUUU